GAAAUUCUGCGGUAUCCCAGCGAUUUAUCGGCACACGGUUGUCGGUGAACCAUGGAAGAACGACACAGAAUUAAUGCGGCGUCCAUGCAUUUUCUACGGCCUUUAACACCUGUUGCCUAACUAUUACGAAAAUAUUGAAUUUUAUGUAUAUAAAUGCCGGCAUCAAUAACCACUUAUUCAUUCCGAAAUCUUCGGCGAGUUGAGAGAGUUUUAGUUGAACUGUGUACGUGACUGUGAAUAUCUUUCUAUUCUACAGAAAAAGGCCUGCAGGAACAAUGGCUAACUUGGCAGUCGCUACAUUUCUUUUAUCAACGGUCGUCUUGGCUGGAUCCAUGAAAAGGAGCAGCACAUACAUCACGAAGUCUGGAAGCGAGGACCUUGAAACGUCAGCCUCAGGAUAUUCUUAUCAGGUUCAAUCGGACAGCCCCUCAGACUACAAAUCCUUCUCCGAAUCCGAAGAGAAACUGGACGAUUUUGGAUACCCAUCGAUUCAUCUACGUCGAUACUCUGAGCAUCCGUUCCUACGAAAUCUUCUCCAUGGUAAUCCAAAUUAUCUUUCCGAUUACAAAUCGGACUCUAUAGAGCAGUACAAGGAUACGCCGUAUUCCUACGCCAGAGGAUUCGAUAAAUUUAUGGAUGAUCCUUUGGAGGGCAUCUCGGGCCCCAGUCAUUACGACGCGAAAUCAACAAAUUUCAUCAAAGGCGGCGGAUCAAAUUACGAAGAAGCCGAAAAGGCAAGUCGCGGGAAAGAGGGCGAGACGGGAUACGCGAAUCGGGACGAAUUCGCGAAGGGCCUGAAGGGUCAACACGGGAGCGAAGAGAAAAAGGAUUUCUACGACAUUUUGGCUGGAAACAAAGGAGCACAUCACGAGGAAGACGGUCACUACGCCAGCAGACACCAGUCUAGCAAGGGCAGCAAGGGAGGAUCGUUCUCUAGCGAGGGAAGCCACGACAAGGGAUCAAAAACGACCGGCUUCCAUAAAGUCUACCACAAAGACGAAUAUAAGAAGGAUCACAGCUUCUACGAUAAAGCAGAUAAGAAGGGUCACUUCAACAGGUACGGAAACUUUGACAGCAAGGGAUCCGCUGAAGCUGACGCCUUCGCCAAAGGAGGAAACAACGAGGAAAAAUUCAAGGAAGGAAAAUACGGUUCCAGAGGCGAAAGCGACAAAGGUCAUUUUCUAGAGGAAGCCAAUGGUUACAAAGGAGCUGAAGGUAGAGGUAAAUUCUACCAGAAAGGAGCUGCUUUCGCCAAUCGUGCUGGAAAAUCGUUUGGGGCUGUAGGAGGUUUUAGCGAAGGAAAAAAUAUUGGCCAAUUUGCUGAUGAAAAGUAGCGGCUGUAGAAUAUCCAGUAUUUGAUUAGUUUUUAAGUUAUUUUUGUUUGUAACAAAUGUUUGUUUCAGUAUUUAUUAAAUGUUUCGAGUUGAA